AAUCAUUCGAUCGUCAAAUCGCUUCACAUUCAAGUCUUCGACAACAGCUCUCCAUCCUUUCGAACGCAUCCAUAACCAAUUUUCGAGCUCCUCUCAACCUACAGCAAACAUGGGAUUAGUCGACGCCCCCAACAGGGUGCCUCAGAAGCAGAGGAUGUACCAGCAAGCCUACCGCCAGCACACUCGAAUCUGGAAGAUCGCCCCCACAAGCAACUACCUACUAAUUCCAUACUACACCCUCCUUUGGGGAACAAUGGGAGCCUCCCUAUACAUGGUGGGACGCAAGGCCUUGGGCUACAACACAUGGUUUGGCAAGAACUAGACCAGAGAACUUGAGAUGGAAGAAUGAUGCCCUUUCAAGGACAAGAGACGAGAGGCCGGCCCAAGUGUCCUAUUAGGCCGAUGAAUAGACAGUCUUUAAACACAAAUUCUUAAGGAUUCUUGGUCCCAUUAGCUUCAUGAAUAUAAUGCCAGUUUAGGGAGGGAUCCCGCAGUUGUUGAAAU